AUGUCAAAUGCUAAUUAUACUAAAAUUCUUUUAUUUAAAAAAAUGAAUUCAACAAAUCAUUAUAUUAAUACAAGUUUAUUCGAUAAUGAUUCCUUAUUUAGUAAUUAUGAAAAUCUACUACUUGUUGAACGUUUAACAAUUUAUAUAACAUUUAUUGUAUCUAUUAUUGGUAUUAUUGGUAAUAUAGGUACAAUAAUUGUAUUAAAUCAAAAUUCAAUGCGUCAAUGGCGUUCAUCUAUGUUAUUAACCGCAUUAGCGGUUACAGAUUUUGUCUAUUUAUCAAUUAUAUUUUUAUCAAUUAUUGAUAUAUUAACACAUCAAACUAUUGGCCUUCAUCGUUCAUUAAUACUUUGUCAAAUAACUGUUUAUAUAACACAUGUUUGUUCAUUUUUAUCCGCAGCUUUUACAUUAUCAUUUACAGUACAACGUUUUGUUGCUGUUCUUUUUCCAUUACAUGCUUAUACAAUAAUAUCACAUCGUUCAUCAAUUAUAAAUAUAUUAUUACUUAUAUUUAUUAGUUGUACUUUUUAUUUAUUUAGUUUUUUUGUAACAAAUAUAUCCCAUGGGCAAUGUCGAGAAGAUGAAAAUUAUCCAGCUUUAUUCCCAUUAUUAAUUGUUGAUAUAUGUUUAACAUUUGUUAUACCAUUUAUAUUUAUUUUUCUUUUUAAUUGUGCUAUUGUUUAUAAAUUACAUUCAAGAAAAAAAUUUACAAAUACUUUCGAAACAACGCCUAAAGGAAGUUGUCGACGACAAGCAACAGAUGGUCUUAAUGAAAGGCAACGAUUGUAUACAUCGAAUAGUCAUACAACUAAUAAUGAUUAUAUUCAAUUUAAAAUAAAAGGAAGAAAAAUAAUUAAUUCUAAAAUUACCACACCAUGUAUUGAAUCAAAUAGAUCAGAUCAUGAAUAUUUAACACGUCAUAAUAAUUGUCAUGUAUUAACAGCAAGAUUUUCCUAUGAAUCAGUUUCACCAAUAACUAAUGGAAUAAAACAACAACAACAAACAGUAUCUCAACGAACAACAAAAAUGCUUGUUAUAUGUUCAACAACAUUUUUAAUAUUUAAUUCACCUUAUUGUGCAGUUUUAUGUUAUUCAAUUAUAUCAAAAAAUGUAUUAACACGUACAUUAGAUAUAUUAAGACAUUUUUAUUUUAUGUCAUUUUGUUUAAAUUUUUUUCUUUAUUCAUUAUGUGGAAAUCGUUUUCGUCAUGAACUUAUUUUAUUAUUAAGAAGAUUUUAUCGAAAAUGUUUUACGAAUAUAUUUCGUCAAGAGUGUUUACAUUUUUAUAAAAUACCAAGAGAAACAAGUAUUUCACGUACAACUGCUCGAACUAUUGUUUAA